CUGUCUGGGUGGCUGGUCUCAGAAGAUCCCGCAGGUGACGCAGACGGCUGUGGAGGUCCUGGGCUGGUGUGGUCUGCGGUUGUGGCGCCGGUUGGACGUACUGCCAAAUUGUCUAAAAUGACGUUGGAGGCAUUUAUGGUAGAGAAAUCGACAUUAAAUUCUCUGGCAACAGCUCUGGUGGACAUUCCUGCAGUCAGCAUGCCAAUUUCACUCCCCCUCAAAUUGAAAUAUCUGUGGCAUUGUGUUGUGACAACUGCAUUUUAAAGUGGCCAUUUAUUGUUCCCAUCACUAGGUUCACCUGUGUAAUGAUCAUGCUUCUUGAUAUGCCACAGCUGUCAGGUGGAUGGAUUAUCUUGGCAAAGGAGAAAUGCUCACUAACAGGGAUUAUUGUUGGAGCAAUUCGAACAGGAUGGUACAUGCUGCAUAUCCUCUCCACCAGCGGUUUCAGACAGUCUAUAUGUGACCAGAGCUUCUACAAUGGACCAGUGAGCAAGUUCUGGGCUUAUGCCUUUGUCCUGAGCAAUGCCCCGGAACUGGAUACUGUGAUAGUGUUCAUCGUACUCCGUAAGCAGCGGUUGCUCUUCCUGCACUGGUACCACCACGUCACUGUGCUGCUCUACUCCUGGUACUCGUACAAGGACCAGGUGGCUGGUUCAUGACCAUGAACUACUCACGUACACGUAGUUUACCAGCAGUGAACGGUUUGCUUUCUUUUUCUGAACCUGUCAAGUCACAGCCACACUACAUGGUCUGAAGUGUUUACAGAAAUAUUUAUGAAGAUUUUGCCUCAUCUCGUCACAUCCUACAGUCCAUGGCAUAUUACAAGUUUUUUGCUCUUUGUAUCAGAAGUUCCAAUCUAUGCAUUUCAACAGGCAUAUAUGUAAUGGCACCUCCUGCGAGUUUCUGUUCAAACUGGUGCGAUUGGUUUUCAUUUUAGUUCCAUGGUGCUCUUCUCAACUUGUCAAUCGACCAAAUAAGCGGGUGUCAGCUGGCAUGCCCAACUCCCAAUAUUUGGAAUUUCUAAUUAAUUACCUUGGAUUAGUUUACACCAGCAUAUCUCACUGAGUGUUUCUUCAGUGUGGGCCUUUGGUUUUUCUGAACUUGUUCCCAAAAUUCACCCUGUGAAAUACAUUAUUUGAACUGAGGUAUAGUUGUGCUCUGACUCAAGGGAAUCCCCCCUGAAAGCAGCUAUUUGUGGUGGUCAUAAUAUACAUGUUUUUAUUAAUUUGAUCACAUGAUGGCAGCUGGAAUAGUGCCAGAAAAGUCAAACUGGUCUCACUCCACAAUUGUUUUUUUUUUGCACCAGAGAUGAUGCAGUUAUUUUUUGUUGUUGUUGGUACUCUUAGAAUCUGAGAACAUGUUUCACUUUGUCACUUUCUGGCGAGAAUGCUGUGUAUUGAAUGGAAUUCCUAACUAAAGUCUGUUCUGUUGUGAAUGUCAGGUAUUGUCUCCCUCUACCUCCAUAAAAGACAAAUGUUGUGCUUUAAGUAGCCGGACACUGACUUGGUAUCUUGACAUGGCUAACUUUAUUUGUCUUGCUCUUAAUUUAGUUCUGUAUGUAACUUACUUUACAAAUUCAAGGGGUUGUGCAUAAAUAUGUUUACAGGUUAGUCCCUUUAAAAGCCUAACUGAAGAUGUAAAAAAAUAAAAUAAAAAAUGUGCAGAAAUGUAUUUGGUUAAGAUGUGCCAAAUGAUGCUGAGCCACCCUAUGUCAAGAUGAUGGCCUAGUUUCUCAUCUGUAGGUCUUGCCAAUGUUGCGCAAAUGGACUCCAGCCUAUGAAUUCUACUGUGGUCCUGAUCUGAAGUGUCAUGAUAUGUACUAAAUGUUGUAAUAGAUUA